CUAAGCUACGCCGUGGGCGUAAACCAAAUUCCGAAUUACGUUGGUGGCACCAGUUAAACCCCGAGCGCAUGUUAGAACUUAGAGGGAACCACCUCGUAUUAAAAUGUUAUUACUAUGGAAAGGCGCGAAGCAGAGAAUUUGGUUCAAAACGUCACCUAUGCGAUUGUCCCCUUGUGCGAACAUCAUGGGAUCCGGGUCGGGUUCUCUCGUGUGGUUCCGGAAGGGUAUUCGGAUCCACGACAACCCGGCUCUAGAAUUCGCUUCCCGAGGAGCCUCUCAUCUCUACCCCGUCUUCGUGAUCGACCCGCAUUACAUGGAACCCGACCCGAACGCUUCCACACCCGGGUCCUCGCUCGCGGGCCUUAACCGCAUCAAGUUCUUGCUGGAGAGCCUGGUGGACCUUGACCUGAACCUCAAGACCCUUGGCUCGCGACUUUUGAUUCUCAAGGGUGACCCUGCUGAAGUUGUCAUUCGAUGCUUGAAGGAGUGGAAUGUCGGGAAGUUGUGCUUUGAGUACGACACUGAACCGUAUUAUCAGGCUCUCGAUGUUAAGGUUAAGAACUUUGCACUUGAUGCUGGAAUCGAGGUUUUCUCUCCUGUGAGUCACACACUCUUCAACCCCACCGAUAUUAUAAAGAAGAAUGGAGGGAAGCCGCCCCUUAGUUAUCAAUCGUUUGUCAAGCUUGCUGGGGAACCGCCAUCUCCUAUUUCAACCGUGUACUCUUCACUUCCUCCAGUUGGCCAUCUUGGAAGCUGUGAUAUUUCUGAAGUUCCAACACUCAGAGAUCUUGGAUAUGGUGAUGCUGAACAGGAUGAGUUCUCUCCUUUCAAAGGUGGUGAGUCUGAAGCAUUGAAGAGGUUGGAUGAAUGCAUGAAAGACAAGAAGUGGGUGGCAAACUUUGAGAAACCCAAGGGCAAUCCGUCUGCAUUUCUGAAGCCAGCAACAACUGUUUUAUCACCUUACCUGAAAUUUGGUUGUCUCUCUGCCAGAUAUUUCUACCAGCGCAUUCAGGAAGUAUAUAAAAGUAUGCCAAAGCAUGCAUCUCCACCUGUUUCUCUUAUAGGACAGUUGUUGUGGCGAGAGUUCUUUUACACGGCAGCUUUUGGGACUCCAAAUUUUGAUAGGAUGACAGGCAAUAGGAUAUGCAAGCAAGUUCCUUGGAAGGAUGAUGAUAAAUUGCUGGAGGCUUGGAGGGAGGGUAGGACAGGCUUUCCUUGGAUUGAUGCUAUCAUGAUCCAGCUACGCAAAUGGGGCUGGAUGCAUCAUCUGGCACGGCAUUCUGUUGCAUGUUUUCUAACUCGAGGUGAUCUGUUUGUUCAUUGGGAAAGAGGACGAGAUGUCUUUGGGAGGCUGCUGAUUGAUUCAGAUUGGGCAAUUAAUAAUGGAAACUGGAUGUGGCUUUCUUGUUCAUCUUUCUUUUAUCAGUAUAAUCGUAUUUAUUCCCCAACCACAUUUGGUAAGAAGUACGACCCUAAUGGAGACUUUAUUAGGCAUUUUCUCCCAGUCUUAAAAGAUAUGCCCAGAGAGUACAUUUAUGAACCCUGGACGGCUCCUAAAAGCAUUCAGAACAAAGCAAAUUGCAUAAUUGGCAAAGACUACCCAAUGUCAGUUGUUUCUCAUGAUUCUGCGAGUAAAGAGUGCCGAAGGAAAAUGGGGGAGGCAUAUGCACUGAAUAAAGAAUUGAAUGGUCUGGUUAGUGAAGAUGAUCUGAAAAAGUUGAGGAGGAAAUUAGAUGAGAGUGAAAGGCAAGGGCAACAGGGUGGAGCUAAAAGAUAUAAGCAACAGCUGAUUGGCUGAGUUGCACUUUAUACAGUUUUUUUUUUUUUUUUUGCAUUAUCAAGACAUUUGUGUGACGAGUAUGUAACAAGUUUCCUACCCCGUGACGCGGGAUACGUUUUUGUCUUUAUUUUAAAAUGUAGAAAAAAAUAACUCGAUACAAAUUUAAAAUAUUUUGAAAA